AUGGCAGCGGCGAUAGAUCUACAAGAUUUACCCCGCCAAGGGGCACGAUUCCCGACCAAGUAUCGUCGAAACUUUCCCAGGUCCAAGAAUGGCUGCUUGACAUGUCGCGCCAGGCGGAAGAAGUGCGACGAAUGCAAACCCUGUUGCACACCCUGCAUUCGCACCAGGCGAGAAUGCACAUGGUCUGUCUUCACGGAGAACGCGACGAGCGAUGAAAACAGUACCACCGUGUCAAAUUCAAGUCAGCAUACGAACCUGUUGGGCCAAACUGGAGCAGUCAUUUCAGCAGCGACGACCAUCUUGGAGGCACCCAAGGACUCCUCGUCUUUGCGGGCAUCUCUAACAUUCGGGACCCUUUCGCAUCUAAGCGAAGUUUCGAGGCCACUUUACGACCAAUAUCUCGCCGUGACUGCAGAAAUACUGGCACGUGGGCCCAGUGUAGAUGGCAAUCCGUUCAUCAAUUACGUGCUGCCUUUAGCCGUCUCUGAUAGCCUCGUCCUGGACUGCGUUCUCGCCAUUGGAGGGGCUCACUUGGUUGUUCUGGACCCCAAGCAGCCACACUCGGAGGUGAUGACUCGCAGGCAUUACGCUAGAUUGCUAGCAGGGCUCCAAAAGGCCCUCCUUGGCGAAGUGUCUUGCGCCGUUGGCGAAAGCGAUGAGGACAAGAAGCAAUAUAUUCUCCUCAUUCUUCUUCUAUUGUGUGUUUUUGAAGGCGUUCAGGGUGACAAUACCGGUGCUAUUUAUCAUCACGUCCGAGCCAGCCGUCACUACGUUAUUGACUUGGCGGCUGAUAUCGACAAGCCGUCAGCUUCAUCCAAGAAGAGUAAGCAUAUUCGAGGCUUUCUCUUAGAGAUAUACGCCAUGUUCGCCUUAAAGCUGGCAGUCACGCCACGCGGCUUGCAAGAAGAGAAACCUGUGACAUUGGAUCCUUUCCUUGGCUCUCUCAAGUUUCUGAGUGAGUAUAAGUCGCGAGGAUUCAUGCUUAGUUUCGGACACGGGCUUUUCGCCAUGAUACCGGAAAUCUCAAACCUUCUCGAGAGACGCCGGCUAGAGGAACUGUGCCAGUCCAAAUCUGACGAUCUCUACGAAUCGUAUAAGUCAUUUGUAGAGACGCUGGACUCAUGGGAUUCCUUAUCUGAUGUUCUCGAAGGGGAAGGCGCAUGCCCCCGCUACCAACAGUCCUCAGCCGUCGCCAUCUACCGUACCGCCCUAGUUCUCAUCCUCCACUCCGCCUUCCACGAAGGUCUGUACAAGAACCCAGAGCUCAUUGCCGAAAUCAACCUUCGUAUAGACAAGAUACUGCCCUUGUGCUGGGCCGUCUACGCCAGCAACUCGCCGCUGCGGAGGAUGCUGCUGUGGCCGGCGUCGAUCUUGGCAUCCUGUUGCAAGAAACCAGAGCACGUCAAAGCUUUUCGGUUAGGGCUGAAUUCAAAUCCAAGAGCGCUGGGUGCUGUCACAGAAGCAGCAAAAGCGAUUGAGCUCUUAUGGCGAGAUGACGACCCGAGAGCGUACGGGCCUCGGGGUUUGAAUAUGGUGAUGAAGAAUCAUGGUCUCAGUCUCAGUGUGUGUUGA